CGGUCGCUCUGGCAACGCAGAGCUAGGUCGCAGCCCGCGUGACGCUUGGCAGCUAGCACAGCGCGCUCUUGGCCUCUCUGAGCAUUGGCAAGGGCCACUUGGGCAGAGCGAUGACUGAUGAGGACUCUGAGACCACCGUCAGCGAGUUGCAGAGCGGGGAGGAAAACGAGCUGCCUGUUAUCCAGCUGUGUGGGCUGGUGGAAGAGCUCAGCUAUGGAAACUCUGCUCUCAAAACUGAGACGGAGAUGUUUGAGAAAUAUUACAAUAAGCUGGAGCCCAGGGAUCAGCGACAUCCACGGUUAUCAGAAAUUAAAAUAUCAGGAGCAGAAUUUGCACAGUUACGAGGCAGGCGUAGGUCCAAGUCCCGCAUGGGUAUGGACCGUGUGAUAGGCCUCAGUUGUGACCAAAAAUGUGAGCUUGUACAAAAGGAGCUGGAAGACAUGAAGGAUGAAAUAAGGCACAUGAGAGCAAAUGCUGAACGAGAUCUACAGCAUCAUGAGGCUAUCAUUGAGGAAGCUGAAAUUCGAUGGACUGAAGUUCAGAGAGCAGCGUAUGAUUUUAAAAAAGAUAUCCUAAAAACCAUAUCCAAGAAGAAAGGGAGUAUUUUGGCCACUCAGAAAGUGAUGAAGUACAUUGAGGACAUGAACCGCCGGAGGGAUAAUAUGAAGGAUAAAUUACGUUUGAAAAAUGUUUCUCUCAAAGUGCAGAGGAAAAAGAUGCUUUUACAAUUGAGGCAGAAGGAAGAGGUGGGUGAGGCUCUCCAUGAGGUUGAUUUUCAGCAGCUGAAGAUUGAGAAUGCUCAGUUUUUAGAGACAAUUGAAGCAAAGAAUCAAGAACUGAUCCAGCUAAAGUUGGCAUCCGGAAACACCCUGCAAGUCCUCAAUACUUACAAAAGCAAGCUACACCAGGCAAUGGAAAUGUCCAUCAGUCUGGAUAAGGAGAUCUCGCUGACAAAUGAGUUACUUGAAAAAAUUGAAAGAGAAACCAUACAAGUAGAACAGGACCGGGCCAAGGCUGAGGCUUUGAACAAAAAGCUCCGCAAACAGCUGGCUGAGUUCCGCUCGCCCCAGGUGAUGGUGUAUGUGCGGGAGAAGAUCUUCAAUGGGGAACUGGAGAAGACCAUCAAGAUGUGGGAAAGGAAAGUGGAGAUUGCUGAGAUGUCCUUAAAAGGCUACCGCAAGGUGUGGAAUAAAAUGAAAACCACCAAUGAGCAGUUGCAGGCAAUUUGCCCCCCUGAGAAAUAGCCUGAGGGAGGCCACGGCUGCAGACCAGCGGGAUCCAUUAAAGUCAUCAGUUCCUUUCCAGUCAAGGGGUCCUCUCACUGUUCCCUAUGCUGCGUGGUAUCCCCGACUCUGGAGCCGUUAACACUGAAAGAACCACAGGGCACUCUAAUGGUUUGACACUUGUUAGCCCACAUUUAGUUCACAAGCACAAAGGAAAGUGACCAUCCCGCAUGCGGGAGUGGGGCAGAGGAGCCAGCCAGCCCAGAAUGCGCCGUGGGCCUGUCCGUGGCAGCCUGGGUGUGCCAACUCAAAAAGACAGACACCAAAACGGCGUGGUGGCUGCCGGGCACUCAGCAUCCCGAGCUUACUCUUCACUUGGGAGGGUUAGCUCCUAGACUAGAUACCGUUGCAAAAGAAAACCAGCACAGAGAAAAACAAGAUAAUUUCUUGGGGCCAAUGUAACCUGUUCUGACCUGAAGUAGACUCACCGCUGUCCCCAGCCUCCCCGUAAUAGUCAUAGUACAUGGGUUGUGCGGCCAUAACAGAAGACCUGCCUAAUUCCCCUAACCCUUUCUCCCCCAUGACUAGACUCUUUCUAGAGCUGUUUGUUGGCAAUGCUGGAAAUGUUGGCAAAGUUGGCAAUGUUGGCAAUGUGUGAGAGGUGACCUUUAUAUGUCCUUGCAUGUAUGUUUGGGACCAUUCACCCUGGCCCAGCCCGGAGUGUUUUUUCGGCGUCAUGAUGACAUGGGAUGAGUAGCUGGGGAAAGGAAAUGAUUCCUCCCAGUGGUGGAAGGAAGAGAGGGGACGGCUGGUUUUCUUAGUCUUGGACAUAAUCCAGUCGCUAUAGUCUUCCACCUUGAUGUACAGAAAUAGGCCGGGGCAUUUCUCACCACCGUGGGACAAGAUUCCUGUCAGCACCCACAUGUUCAGUUUCUGGAGCUGGCACAUCAUUGGGUUUCCUGGGUCCCCCUGUGACAAAAGACAGAAGGCUUCAGGUCUUAGAAAAACUUAUUUAAAAAAAAUAUAUAUCCUUCUGCAAUUUACUAUUUGUUCUAGAAAUGCUUUACGCUAGUACUCACUGGAGAUGGGGUAAAUUAUAGGCUACCAAUUCCAAACUAGGCAGCCACUACCACAAAUUCCAACACAAUGACUUUUUCUUUUAUUAUGCAAAUUAUUUGUAGGCUUCUGCAGUUUGGCUCUAGCUUUCUGGUUCCCAUUUCAUUUUCAUGCCCCUUUGACUAAAUCCUCCCUGUCUUUUAGUUUCUCAUUCCUCAAAUGUUGACUCCUCCCCCUCCCCUUUUCUGGCUAGAAUGCUUACAUUUUUCCUUCUCCUCUCUGCUUUGUUUCUGUCCUUCAUUUAAGCUGCUCCCUCCAUCCCACACUCCUGCUGAGGUCAGAGUCACACACCCCCAGGAGCACUGGCCAGGGAGGUUCACAGCCUGUCCACCCAGGGCAGCUGUCUGCCCACGCCCCUGCUCUUCAGCCCUGCCCAUGCUCCCAAAUGAAGUGCUCCGCCACACAGACCUUAUCUCCCUUCAAGGGAGCAUGUGGGAGCUUGGCACUCUUCCCUUACAUACAUGACGACCCCAGUGAGUCACCUACUGGUCUCUGAGUUAAAGUGUUUGUACCAGGGGCAGAACUCCUAACACCAUGCCUGGCAUACAGUCUGCGCUCAGUAAAGAAUCAGCUGUCAUUAUCCUGGUGUCUAGAAAAGGCCAUCACUUCUCUGUGAAAAGCUGAGAAAUAUGGGAAUAGCAACAAGACAACUUCUAGGUAUCAUUUACCUUACCUGCCCCACCCCGAGGUUCCCCUUCAGGGAAUACCUGACCCCCAUUCCAGCUCGGUGGUCCAUCUUGGCCCAAGAGGGGUUGUCAUUCAAAGGCUAGCCAGCCCCUUUGAUCUGCAUGGCUGCCUCUGUAGGAGGACAGGGCAAGCACAUGUUGUUCUUCCUGUCCCGUGCUGCCAGGGAGCAGAGGGCAGAGAUUUCAUCCCGAGUUCUGGCUGGCAGUGGUAGUACUGUCGAGUUGGCUCCUGUCUGCACCUGCUCAUGUCUACCUGGGGCACAGAGGCUCUCGGGCCAAGCAUAGCGUGGUCUCCCCUCCUGUCACCAGUCCCACCCCCAGUUUACUUAAACUGUGGUUUCAUAGCUUGAGGAAGAACAACAACACAAUUUAGGACAAAUGGUUUGAUGAAUGAGUGUGGGGUAGACUUUCCUGGCUGUGGCAUGGUUUUGCAAGUUGCCGUGUCUUGUGGGGGUGGAAUACACCGCUUUUUCUCCUCCUCAUAAUCUAUGGAACCGGACUUCUGUAGCCCAAGCAGCUGAGAGAAGUAGGACAGGGGCUCCUCUGGAGCAGUCCCACCGCAUCUCCCAGGGGAGCCGCCCUGGCUUAGAGGGGCUCUUUCCUUGCGUGAUCCUCAACCUUGACAGUGAACAAAAGCCCUAACGGUUGUGGGGAAACGGGGGGCGGCGAAUUCUGAGUGAUUCCACUUUGGGCGGGGUUUCUGGACACCCAUUAGGCAGAUACUGGAUUUAGGUGAUUUAUUGUACCGUCAUCUACAUAUUUGAAUGACUUUGAGGAUCUCUGGACGCUAGAACACGUUUCUGAGAGGAAAGGAUCCUAGGUAGACAAGUCACUGUUUGUCUGAGCCAAUUUGCAAGCACAGUUCAAAAGCAAAGGACUGACUGCAGGUGUGCUCCAGUUAAAAACCAACAGGUAAAAACCAAUCUAUUUGCAGAUAGAUUUAAAGAGGUAAUCAUUUAGAGUAUGAGCAGCUUACCAUAUUCCAUUGAAUCUAAGAUGCUCUUGAAAAAUUAGCAUCUUUGGAAUGAAAUGUGUCUCUUAAUUGGUUGAUAUCAGAGUUCAACUGGCAGCAUUUUCUCACUUGAUGUUCCAUAGAAAAAAUGGUGUAUUCUACAACUUAGGAUCUUAGAUUUAAGGAAAUAAGGUGCUGGAUUGAUGGAAUGGCUGAUAGCAGGAUUUUGAUAAAUAGCUAUAUUUUCUACUGUAUGGUAACACAUUAUCUACUUUAAAAAGUUGUUAGUCUUCCACCUGGUAGAGAGUCCAGUACAAAGUAGGCACUCGGGGCACCACAGUGGCUCAGUGGGUUAAGUGUUAAGUGUUAAGAUCACAGACAGAGUCUUGGGAUCCAUCCCUGAGUCAGGCUCCCUGCUCAGUGGGGAGUCUUCUUCUCCCUCUGCCCCUCCCCCACCCUUGGCUUGUAUUCUCUUUCUCUUACUCACUCUCUCCCUAAAAUAAAUAAGUAAAUAAAAUCUUU